UGGCGUUUUCCAUAAAUAAACUUACUGAUAGAAGAAGUACCCUCCCUCUAUCAUUUUCCUUUGGAUUUGGAUAUUGAGAAAUAGAGGAAGAAAAAAACAAGUGAAAAUGGAGAAAUUAGGUCUAUUGAGAUUGAUAUAUCGAUCAUCAUCAUCGGCUUGCGCUAGAUCUACUCGAUUCUCACCUGCUAUUAAUAAUAAUCAACAACAUCUCUGUAAUAGCUUCUUCCGUCAAUACACUACUCCUUCAUAUCUCAAAAGGACAUUCUUCUCUCUUACGCCUGGUUCCGUAUCAAGCUGCUCCAAACAUAUCACUUCUGAGCGUGGGUCUACUUUCACUGCCAGCCUUGGAAGUAGGAGGUCAUUUAGCGAUGAUGUUUCACACUUGCCUACCAUAUCAGACCCUGACGUUCAAAAGGCCUUCAAAGAAUUGAUGGCUUUGAACUGGGAUGAAAUUCCAAGUGGUGUCCAGGAUGAUGUCAAGAAAGCGUUAUCAAAAAACACUGAGGAUAAGACUGGCAAGGAGGUACUGGAAAAUGUUUUUCGUGCAGCUAUUGCUGUUGAGGAGUUCAGUGGUAUGCUUAUACAACUGAGGAUGGGAAUUGAUGACACUCUUGGACUGAGUGGAGAGAACUCGCGACCCCUGCCUGGGGAGCUUAAAGAUGCGCUUCGUGUUGUAUAUCAACGUUACACAGCAUACUUGGAUUCAUUUAGCCCGAGUGAGACCUAUCUGCGGAAGAAAGUUGAGACGGAGUUGGGAACAAGGAUGAUACACUUAAAGAUGAGGUGUGGUGGCCUUAAUUCCGAGUGGGGAAAGGUUACUGUCAUUGGGACCUCCGGACUUUCUGGUUCCUAUAUUGAGCAGCGAGCAUAAUUUCAGAGAGUUCGUAGCUGUAAGCUUUAUUGUCUGAGGAAACAUGAUUUCAGAUGUUUGAUAGUUAGAUUGGUGUGUUGUCUAACCAGCCUCUACCAUCUUCAUUAUGGUAGUUUUGCAAGAAAAUAAAAAGGUCUUCCUUAUUCAAUGGCAAGAAUGCAAACAAUGAUUUCUUUUUCCCCUCCCUUUCUCUUCUUUCAUUUAGUUUGAACUUUCUUAAUUCUGUGGCCCUCCAAUUGAUGCCAAGUAGUAACUGUGUCUAUGUUUUUACAAAGUUUAAUGCUUCUAGUAGCUGCGAAUAUUGUAAGUUAUUAGGUUAACUAUCGAUCCAGAAGCUAUAUCUAUUUUGUGCCUAUAAAUAAAGGCUAAAUUCCAAC